AUGCCACGCGGGCAGAUCGGCUCCCUUGCCUAUCUCGUCGAGGAAACGACGACGACAGAAGGAGGGGGGGAAGGACGGUUGCUUGCGCUGAUCGGCGAUCAGGGUGGGGAGCUGACAGUGUUAGAUACGCGGCAAGGGGAGCGGCCUGCGCACGCCGCGGUGCUCCACCCCGGUGGCGUCCUCAGUGGGAUCCGGCCGAUGCCAGGGACGCCUUACGUCGCGACCUGUGGUGCGGAUAAGCGGGUUCUCGUCCUCGACGCCCGCCAGGGCUUCACCCCCGUCCACGAGCUCCGCAACCACACGAACUUCAUCUAUUCCCUAGAGGUCUUCGGCUCUAUGGUGCUGUCAGGGGCGGGGAACGGUUGGCUUCUCGUGCACGAUGCGCUUACAGGUGACUGCUGCUACGGACUCGGCGCCAACACCGCCGCAGUUCGCGUGAUAUUCGCAAGUCCGACGUUAAUGGUAGCAGGCGGGGAUGACGGAAAGGCAACGGUAUAUGACUAUUAG